UCGCGCCGCCCGGAUGGCCUCCCAGAACCGCUACCCAGCUGCCGCCAGCGUCGCCGCCGCCCGCAAAGGAGCCGAGCCCAGCGGGGGCGCCGCCCGUGGCCCCGUGGGCAAGAGGCUACAGCAGGAGCUGAUGACCCUCAUGAUGUCCGGUGACAAAGGGAUUUCUGCCUUCCCUGAAUCAGACAACCUUUUCAAAUGGGUGGGGACCAUCCACGGAGCAGCUGGCACAGUGUAUGAAGACCUGCGGUAUAAACUCUCCUUGGAGUUCCCCAGUGGCUACCCCUACAAUGCGCCCACGGUGAAGUUCCUCACACCCUGCUACCACCCCAACGUGGACACCCAGGGGAACAUCUGUCUGGACAUCCUGAAAGACAAGAGGUCAGCCCUGUAUGAUGUUAGGACCAUCCUGCUGUCCAUCCAGAGCCUGCUAGGAGAACCAAACAUUGAUAGUCCUUUGAACACGCACGCUGCCGAGCUCUGGAAAAACCCCACAGCCUUUAAGAAGUAUCUGCAAGAAACCUACUCAAAGCAGGUCUCCGGCCAAGAUCCCUGACUGUCCAGCCUCUCUCCUUGUGUUGUCUUUUUAUUUUCUCCUUAGACAG